ACGCUGUUGGAGCAGUUGUGUUUCCCUCAAAACUAGCUUCAUAGCUAAAUAUGUCACAUAACUAAACAUAAAACUUUGCCUCAGACAGCGGGCGCACAUAUAUCUACCGCUAAAGCUAAACCUCUCAUACGGUUAUGACGUGACCGUUAACCGACCCCGCCUUUGUAACGUUUUUAAAUCCUCCGCAUCACUUGAGAAAAGUGUCUGUACUGAGCAGGAUGCUAGCAUGUGUCGUUAGCAAACCACUGCAGGAAAUUAGCUCGUUAGCUUAGACAGCCAGUCAGGUAUUAGUAUGAAGCUUCAUGCUUCCUCUUUAUGCUCAUACUCGAUUUAAAUAAGCCGUGCGAAAUGGACACCGAGGCGAUAGUGAUCCGCAUCAAGACGCCGUCAGGGGACAUGGACUCGGCCGUUGACUGUCCAUCUCUUCUCAACUUCAAUGACUUGCUGGUCGCCAUCAGAGAUGUGAUGCCUGAAGCCACUGUCACAGCAUUUGAAUAUGAAGACGAGGUGGGGGACAGAAUCACUGUAAGAAGUGAUGAAGAACUUAAAGCCAUGUUGUCAUAUUACUUCAACACAAUGAAUGAACAACGCAUGAAUGGACUGCUGCCGGACCCUCUACAGAUUUUUCCACGAGCCGGCAAGACUCCAGGGAUCCGGAACAUACAUGGCCUGAAGGUUAAUACAAGACCUAACCCAGGCAAUGACUGCACCCAUGUUGUCCCAGACUCCAUGGCCAACAACAGCUUAAAAAAAUCAUCUGCUGAGCUGAAGAGGAUCCUGACAAAUGGGCAGAUAAAUGCCCAAGAUAUCCACUAUCAAGAGCAGCUUGGCCAUGGAAACGGAGGCACAGUCUACAAAGCGUACCAUCUUCCUAGCAAGCGGGUAUUAGCUGUCAAGGUCAUUCCCUUGGAUAUCACGGUGGAACUACAGAAGCAGAUCAUGUCAGAAUUAGAAAUACUCUACAAGUGUGAUUCGCCCUACAUCAUCACUUUCUUCAGUGCCUUUUUUAUCGAGAACAGGAUAUCCAUAUGCACAGAAUUUAUGGACGGUGGGUCUCUGGACGUGUACAAAAGAAUUCCAGAGCACGUCCUGGGGAGGAUCGCAGUCGCAGUAGUCAAAGGCCUGACGUAUCUGUGGAGCCUGAAGAUACUUCACAGAGAUGUCAAGCCUUCCAAUAUGCUGGUGAACACCCGAGGACAAGUCAAGCUCUGUGACUUUGGUGUCAGCACACAGUUGGUGAACUCUAUUGCCAAAACGUACGUGGGAACAAACGCAUACAUGGCGCCGGAGAGGAUAUCAGGAGAACAGUAUGGGAUCCACGCAGAUGUCUGGAGUGUGGGAAUCUCUUUCAUGGAGUUGGCGUUAGGCAUGUUCCCCUAUCCACAGAUCCAGAAAAACCAAGGAUCUUUAAUGCCUCUCCAGUUACUGCAAUGCAUCGUUGAUGAGGAUCCUCCAGUUCUUCCAGUCGGCCAGUUCAGUGAGAAGUUUGUCCACUUCAUAACUCAGUGUAUGCGACGGCAACCCAAAGAGAGGCCUGCCCCUAAUAACCUCAUGGAUCAUGCCUUCAUCAUACAGUUUAAUGAUGGUAAUGCAGAGGUGGUGUCGAUGUGGGUCUGUCGCUGUCUGGAGGAGAGACGAGCUCAGCAGGCUCAGGGACAUGUCUGACACCCUCCUGCUGUCCGCCAAGGAUGGACCAGGACGUUUGAUCCCAAACCUUGAACACUUAUCAAAGGCUUCAGGGUCAAGUACGUCCACAUGCACUGUACAAGUGACUCGAUGUACACGGACAAAAAUCACUAGAUGUUACAAACUUUAUGUGAGUAAUUCUUUAUUUAACAGCACUCGUGCGUCGUGACAAUGAAGAGCUCACACCUUCUGAACUUCUUAAUCUCUGCAUCCAAAAAGUGCACAGACGUCUGCGCUUUCUUUCUAACGUGGGUCUCCAUCCACAGCUUCGUCCCCACGUUAUUUGAGAGUAUACAGAAAUGCAGUGAGCACUUCACGGCCUGAUGAAUGGAGAUAAAAUGGUCCCGAUUUAAAGGAUCAGUGACAAGAAACAACUUCAAAGCAUCAGACUGCAAUACGCUGUCAGAGCAAUGCUGUUUCUGGGAUGGUAUCUCAAAUAACCGUCUUGUGCUUUACUGUUGACAGCCCUCUAUUGAAUGUUUAAGGUUUUUGCCUGUGAGUAAUAGCCCAUGUGUGUGCCUGUUUUUCCAGUGGUGUAAUUUAUUACCUCAGAAAACUUAUAUUGUCACUGUAUUAGCAGAACUUUCCCCAACAGAUUACCUGUUUCAUUUCUGGACUAAAACAUUUGUAUCCAGUUAUAUCCUAAUCUUGUGAGGUCAGGGUAUUAAAAGAAUACUUCGCCUGCUAAAUUAUAAUUUGUAUAUAAAUUACUCACUGCGUGUUACGUUGAAUUUGUAAAGAAAACGUUUUUCUGCUAUGCUAAGUCAAACAUUCUUCAUGUAAACGGGGACCAUGUUUGACAACAGCAACACUAUAUCAAAACAACUGUUUACAAACUCUAAAGCGGGAUU